GCGAGAGUGCAGGCGAGGGAGGAAGAGCGGUAUUAUGUCAACGCGGAGGGACAAGUGUGCUGUUGGUGGCUGCACAGUGGAGCACAGUGUUUUACACUGGGGCGCUGUUCCCAUCUCAGCUGACUGAGGGCAUGAAAGAAGAAAAGUGAAAAAAUGUCAUGGCGAGUGGAAAUAUUUACGUAACGCGAAGGCGGAAGUGAGCUGCAGUGAAUCAUCUCCCUGCCGCAGGAAGCGUCAAAGUUAUUUGAACCGGAAGCAGAAUCAUCGCGAGGUCAUUUCUUCCACCAACAACGUGUUUGUUGAGUAACAGAGAAAAGAUUAAAGAAAGCAUUGCCAUGACGUCGUUGGCUCAUCAGCUGAAGCGCCUGGCGCUGCCUCAGAGUGACCCUGACCUGUUGACCCGCAGUGAGGUCGUCUCGCUGCUCUUUGACCCCAAAGAUGCAGCCACCAUGGACAGAAGCACCUUCUAUGCCCUGGGCUGCACCGGGCUCGAGGAGCUGCUGGGAAUCGAACCGUUGUUCCUGGAGUUCCAGGACACGCUGUUCAGCCGUGCGUCGCUGACACUGGAGCGAAGCGUUCAGUCCAAAGACGUGAACGCCAAACUGGACGCCGGCAUCUCGCUCUUCCUCGCCCGCCUCUCGCCGUACUUCCUCCUCAAACCAGCUCACAAGUGUCUGGAGUGGCUGAUCCACCGCUUCCACGUGCACCUGUACAACGCGGACGCUCUGCUCGCCUGCGUUCUUCCGUACCACGACACCAAAGUGUUCGUCAGAGUUUUGCAGCUGCUGAAGAUCGGAGACUCCACCCACCGCUGGAACUGGCUGCACUGCCUCCAGAAAGCGGGUGUGCCGUUGUCCAGAGCAGCUCUGGUCACUCACUGUUACACUGACCUGAGCUUCAUGGACUUCAUCUGCACCCUCGUAACCCGCAGCAUCCAGGCGUACUCUGGACACUCGGGGAGUUGUCCUCAGCUCAGAGUGAUCUUCUCCUUCUACGCGUCCACCGUCGUCUCCGCUCUGGACGCCGUGGACUCGGUGUCUGACGCCAUCAUCGCCAAACUUCUGCCGUUUGUCCAGAGGGGUCUGAAGUCGUCUCUGAGUGACUACAAAGCUGCCAGUUACAUGCUGGUGUGUGAGUUGUCGGUGAAGGUUUUGAUGGACCAGGGUCUGGUGGACAGUCUGUCGGUCCACGUCUGCAGGUCUCUGGUCAAAGACCCGGUCCUGGCUAAAGAAGGUCUGGGCUGCCUCAUCGUGCUGCUGCAGCACCAGAAAGAGGGCGCUGCCGGACACAGAGCUCUCAGUCAGCUGUGCUCGAUGCCAACGCUGGUCUCUACGCUGCACGUCAUGGCCGCGGUUCACGAUGUCUCUCCUCUCCUGACCCGCCUGCUGCCGUACCUGAUCCACCGGGUCUUCACCUGCAGCUCAGGUGAGACGGACGAGCUGGCUUUACUGGAUUCUGUCCUGAAGACGGUUCCUCUGACCGGAGGUCUGGACCAAACCGUGGCGCGUUUGCUGUUGCUGGAGUAUCUGAGUCAGACGGACAUCUCUGCUGAGAAGGACCGGCGUCUGCUGCCUGUCGUCAGACUCUUUGAGUCCAGAUACUCCGGAGCGCUGGAGGCUGUCCUCGCAGGUCAUGUUACCGACCUCAGCAGCCCCGAGCACAAACGUCUGUUUCAUCACUUCCUGUUGUUGUCUGUGAGCGGCGGAAAGUUCCAGAUUGUGGACGACAUGGAAACGUCUCUGUUCCUCAGCCUCAAACAUCCGCUGCCGUCGGUUCGAGUCUCGGCCGUGGAGCAUUUGAUGGGCGUGGUCUCGUCUCAGCAGAGUCUGGACACGCCCUUCCUGAAAGACGCCGUCACAGAUCGUCUGAAUGACGACGUGCCCGAGGUCGUGGCUGCCGCUCUCAAAGUCCUGGAGGAGCUGUUUGAUGUUUUGGAGCCAGAGCACACGGAGACAUGUUUACUGUCACUGAUGCACAGAGAGGACGUGUGUGUGUCUGAGCAGUGGCUGCCGGUGCUGAAGGAGGCGGUGCGUUUACUCUCCGACCCUCGGCUGGGAAAGGGCGGCGCUGUCGGCUGGAAGCUGCUUCCCUUUCUGGUGAUCAGUGACGCUCGGCCUGACUCGGCUCAGCUGAGACUCGCUGCCUGCGUCGCCCGCUCCUCUGUCCUCGCCCGACACCCGCUCACCGUCACCUGGGCGAAAGAGAUGGAGCAGCUGGUGAAGAAAAGCUGUGUGCGUAACUUUGUGGGUGUGGUUAAUGAGCGUCUCGUGUCCACGCUGACCAACAACCUGGCAAACAUGGAGCACUUUUCCAAACGGGAAGCGCUGGAGAAACUGGCUCUGCUGGUGGAGGAGCAGCGAGGCUCCGCCCUCAGGGACCGGAUGUCCUUCCUGGUGCUGACCCAGACUCUGCUGCUCAGCCUGGGUGAGCUGAGCGGGACGCAGCACCUGCUCACUGCUCACAGGCUGUACACGCUGCUGGAGCGCCCCCUGCUGGAGCUCAUCAGCACAGAGGCAGAGGCUCAGGAAGUGGAGCGUCCCGUGUCUGUCCCCUCUUCUUUCCCCGAGGCUCUGACUCUGUUGGUGAACGGCUGCGAGCGGCGAGGAUACGUUUACGCUCUGAUGACGCUGCUGCAACACUUUAUCUCCUUCCUGAAAUGUCACGAUACUUCCUUUAAAGGUGACUCGUGGUGGAAUCCAGAGAAGAUGGACACAAACAGCUGUUGUUACCUGGGACUUCUGUGUCGUGUCUUCAGUGUUGUCGUCAGCGGCGCCGCAGAUGGGACAACCGCGAGCAGCUUCAGGCCGCUGAUGAAGCUCCUCCUCCAGGUCCAUCUGCGUGAGCCGCUGAUGCUCUUCAGGUUCCUGUGUCUGCUGUGGGGCUACGGCGGUAACCAUGACGACCAGCUGGACUUGAAGGUGGACGCUGUCCUGCAGACUCGCACUCUGCGCAUGGGCGGAGCUAUUCUGAGCGUCCAGCCGCUCGCUACACUGGAGGAGCUGUCGGCCGCAGACUCACCAGUGAUCCCGUCCCUGCUGUCUUGUCUCUCGUCUCCGCUGCGUGACGUCCGGCGCUCGGCCGUCGCCGCCCUGCAGAGUUUUUCGGGUGUGGCCUCGUCUCUUUAUCAGCCAAUCACAGAGAAGCUGCUGAUGACAUCAGAGGAGAUCAUCGCUGACCCCGCCUACCUGAGCACGGCUCUCGCCGUCCUCGAUGACGAGACGUCGUCCAGUAAAGUGGGGACGCGUCGGGAGACGCUGCGAGCGUCCAUGCAGCAGCUGCUGCAGAGCGUCCACACGUCCCGCUGUCCGUCCUACAGCGCCACUGCGCUACUGCAAGCGCUGAGCCUCGUUAACGGAGAGUCCGUCCUGUCGGGUCUGCUUCCUCUUCUGGACCGGCUCCUGGAGCAGAGUCCCGACACGCCGGCGCUGCUGCGCUCCGAGGCUCAGCUCGCGCAGCUGGUCCUCGCCAAGUUCAACGAGACGUCGGCCGUGCUGCUGACCAAAGACCAGACCAGUCUGGAUCUGUUCGUCCGGGCUCUGAAGACCUCGACCCAGCUGCACCCCGACGUCCCCAGCUGCCAGAUCAGUGCGCUGGAACAGAUCACAAAGUCGUUCUUCUCAGCUCUCGGAGACGAGAAGGUUCAGCAGAAGCUGCUGACGGUGAUGUUUGACCUGCUGCUGGAGAACCAGAGCCCCCUGGUGGCCAAUACCAUCAACAGUGUCUUUAAAGGGAUCUCGGUCGAUGGUCAACUCGUGGCCAAUGAGCUGUCUCCACCAGAGAGGCCGAGAGGGACGGAGACCGUGCAGCAGACCAGGCGGAGCAAGAUGUCUCUGAGGAAACCUCAGGACGGUGGCGAGGUUUGUCCAGAAGGGGGCGCUGUGCCGUGGCAGAGAGUCACGUUGAUCCUGGAGCUGCUGCAGCAUAAGAAGAAGCUGAAGAGAGGUCACACUCUGGUGCCGGUGCUGUUCUCUCUGCUCUCCAGGAGUCUGGAGCCGAGCUCGGUGGAUCACAUGGAGUACACCAAGCAGCUGCUGCUCAGCUGUCUGCUCAACAUCUGCCACAGACUGUCUCCUGAAGGCGGAGCCCCGCCCCCCGAUGUUCUGGAGGAGGAUAAGUUCAGCGUGGAGCUGGUGGUUCAGUGCAUCAGAGCGACGGACGUGCCGCAGACGCAUCAUCACGCUCUGCUGCUGCUCGCCACCGCCGCCACCAUUUUCCCUGAGAAAGUCCUUCACAACAUCAUGCCCAUCUUCACCUUCAUGGGUGCGAACAUCCUGCGUCUGGACGACGUCUACAGCUUCAGAGUCAUCGACAAGACGGUUGAGAUGGUCAUACCUGCGCUCAUCAAGGCCCACCCGCUCCCUGAUGGUCAGUCUUCGUCUCACGUCCUCGCCGUCGUCACUAAAAUCAUGCACGUGUUCGCCGACGCGCUGCCACAUGUGCCCGACCACCGCCGCCUGCCCAUCCUCGCCCAGCUGGUGACCACGCUGGGCCCCGCCCACUUCCUCUGGGUCCUCAUGCUCCUCCUUUUCAAGCUGCACGCCGUCCAGGCAGCGAGCUCCACGAGUGAAAGGGACGUUGGUGAGGACACAGAGUUGUGGGUCAGUGUGUGUUGUCACUUUGAGGUCAGUGAUGUCAUCACCACCAUCAUCAGAGUUCUGAAGUUCCUCCAGCAGCUGCCGCACGACGACCAUCACACUCCGUUGAAACACAGCGUCAGUCGCCGAGGAGCAAAGAAGAAGGGGGAGGAGCAUGAGGAGGAGCUUAUCUUCAGCGUGGACGCUCACAGCAGCAAAGAGCUGAGACACUUCAUGUUCCUCAGCGUGUCGUUCGCGGCUCAGCUGCUCGGCUCGGACACCUUCAUUGCUAAGGUCGCUGACGGCGGUGACGUCAUGGACGAGCCUCUGCAGCAGCUGCAGCAGAGGUUGUUGGAGGAGAUCUUGCGUCACAUCCUCAGCGUCGCUCGCGGUGUCGAGGUCAACGCCGACAAACCCAGUGCCAAGUUCUGGAGAGUUCUGCUGAACAAGAGCUACGACGUCCUGGACAAGGUCAACGCUCUGUUGCCCACGGAUACGUUCAUCACGGUGAUGAAGGGGCUGAUGGGAAAUCAGCUGUCGUCAGUGAGGAGGAAAGCGAUGGAGCUGCUGAACAACAAACUGCAGAGAACCACUGCAGUGACCUUUGACCUGCAGCAGGUGGACAUGCUGCUCCAGCUGACCCCCGACCUGCUGAGCAUUGUGGGUAAAGGUCACACUUGGGUGCCACAGCAGGAGGCGGAGCAAGAGCAGGAGGCGGAACAAGAGAACGAGGCGGAGCAAGCCAUCAACCGACAGACGGCGCUGUACAGCCUCAAGCUUCUCUGCCGCAAGUUCGGCGCCGACCACCAGGAGGCGUUUGUCCCCGUGCUGCUGCAGACGGUGGACAUCAUCGCAUCAGGAGACGAAGACAAGAACGUGACGGGCAGCGCACUGCUCUGCGCCGCCGAGGUGCUCGCCGCGCUCAAGGCGCUCGCUAUCCCUCAGUUACCCAGGUUGGUGCCGGCCGUUCUCCACACACUGACGGACAGGAAGCAGCUGCUGACCAAUGAGGUUUAUCUGCUGAGCGCGGUCACCGCCCUCCACAGAGUCACCGAGACACUGCCGCACUUCAUCAGCCCGUACCUGCAGGACAUCGCUGUCCAGGUGUGUCGGCUGACGCGGCUGGUGGAGAACUCCUCCUCUUCCUCCUUGUCUUCGUCCUUCGUCCAGUUGUCUCUGCGUCUCGUCUCUCUCAGGAAAACCCUCGCCACACAGCUGCCCCCCAGGGUCCUACUGCCCGCCCUCUCCAGGUGCUACAGCUUCAUGGUCGUCGAUAAGAAGGCUCAGCUGGGGGCGCUGAUGAGCAUGCUGAAGGAUCACAUCACUCACAUGGAGAAGGAUCAGCUGAGCUUCCACCAAUCAGAGCUCACCUCCUUCUUCCUCACCGCCCUCGACUUCCGUGCCCGACACUGUCAGGGCGACCUGGAGAAAACGUCAGAGGUCGAGGGUCAUGUGAUCGACUGUCUUCUCGCCAUGGUGAUGAAACUGUCUGAGGUCACGUUCAGACCGCUCUUCUUCAAGCUCUUUGACUGGAGUAAAUCGGACAGCCGCGAUCGCCUGUUGACAUUUUACCGACUCUCCGACUGCGUCGCAGAGCGACUCAAAGGUCUGUUCGUGCUGUUUGCUGGAAAUCUGGUGACAGCUUUUUCGGACGUGCUGCGACAGAAGCACAGCGCCACCUCAGAUUUGUCUCAGGUGGACGAACAGAAGACGUCUCUGCUGCUGCAGUUUGUCCUCGACUGUCUCUAUAAGAUCUUCCUCUACGACUCGCAGCACUUUCUGAGUAAGGAGCGAGCCGACGCCCUCCUCAGCCCGCUGGUCGACCAGUUGGAGAACAUGGUGGGUGGGCAGGAGGUCUACCAGCAGAGGGUGGUCAAACACCUGGUUCCAUGUGUAGGUCAGUUCUCUGUGGCUCUGGCCGACGACUCUGAGUGGAAAACUCUCAACUAUCAGAUUCUGCUGAAGACGAGACACAGCAACGCUAAAGUGCGCUUCGCUGCUCUGCUAAUGCUAAAGGAGUUAGCAUCGAAACUGAAGGAGAAUUAUGUGAUUCUGCUGCCAGAGAGUGUUCCAUUCAUGGCUGAACUGAUGGAGGAUGAGUGCGAGGAGGUGGAGCAGCAGGUUCACAAAGUCAUUCAGGAGAUGGAGAACAUUCUGGGAGAACCUCUGCAAAGCUACUUCUAACACACACACACACACAGGAAAUGCUUCAGACUAAAAUAAAAAAGUGAUCAGAA